GUGCUCCAUGUGCUCUGUAGACUUAUGACAGGUCAUAACUUUUUUCCCGGACAGCUCCUUUAAAAUCAUCGAAAGGCGUGGCUAUUCUUUUUUUUUUUCCCUGAUUCAGCAGAUGCCAGAGCCAAAGCAAGGACUUUUUGUUGCAACACUUGGUGUUGGUGACAACCAAGAGGGUGUCAAUACAAAUCGGACACAUGUCAGUGACAUUUAACAGCAAAUCGGGGAUGAUUACAGGAGAUGGUUGGGAAUUAAUGGACUCGAAAUCAGAACAUGGCGGGGGAUUUCGAAAAUCAGCUAGGUGUAUUGGAGGUGUUGCACUCUGUCUGGGGCUGCUCUACCUUCUCCUGCUGGUUAUUAUCAUAGCCAUGUUGGGCCAAUACAUCGGACCGAGCCCUCUGAAAAACACUCAACAACCGUCCAUUGGUCUCACCACCUGUCCCAAUCUGACUUCAGAAUGUUUUCAGUUGCAAGGCAAAUACAGCACCUUGUUAGAAAGCAAUAAUCAGUUAGAGACCAAGCUCUGUUCUCUGACUAAAGAGAAGGACACUGUCAAGGGGGAGCGAGACCGCCUUCAAAAUGAGCGAGAUAUCCUUCAGAACCAGCGAGAUGUUCUAGAAAAUGAGCGGAAUGCCCUCCACAGUGAACGUGACGCCCUAAAAAUUGAACGAGGAACCUACAAGACUGACCUAGAAACACUCCAAAAUGAGCAAGAGAUCAUUAAAAAUGAGCGAGACGCUCUUGAAAUUGAGCAACGAGUCCUAAAAAAGGAGGAAGAAAAGCUAAAAAGUGAGCGGGAUUUGCUAAAGAAUGAGAAAGAGACCGUACAACAUGAGCGAGACACGCUUCAAAUUGAGCAUGGCAUUCUCAAAAGUGAGCGUGACACUCUCAGGUAUGAUAAAAGCACUCUCCAAAAGGAGCAAGUGGCUCUCAAAAAUGAGCGAGACACCCUCAAGAAUGACAAAGACAUCCUCCAAAAGGAGCAAGUGGCUCUCAAAAAUGAGCGAGACACCCUCAAGAAUGACAAAGACAUCCUCCAAAAGGAGCAAGUGGCUCUCAAAAAUGAGCGAGACACCCUCAAGAAUGACAAAGACAUCCUCCAAAAGGAACAAGAAGCUCUUAAACGUAAGCGAGAUGCCCUCAAAAAUGAGAAAGAUACCCUCCAAAUUGAGCGAGACGGCCUCAGGACAGAGCGGGACAACCUCACGGUUGAACGAGACCAACUGAGUUUAGUGUCCAGCAACCUGACCAAAGAGCUGGAGGAGCUGCAGAUCCGGUUCAGCAAAGUGGCUGCAAGUCGAGACGGCUUAAAGGAGGAGGCUCAAGAAUUAAAUCAGAACAGAUCAGUCAAACUUUGCCCAACAAAGUGGGUUAAAUUCAAGGAGAAAUGCUACUACAUCUCUGAGAAAGAUGAAACUAAGUCAUGGAGAUCGAGUAGAAGAGACUGCCAAGACCGAGGAGGUGACCUGGUCAUUGUCACCUCAAAAGCGGAGGAAGAUUUUAUCUCUGAAUAUCAUGAUCGAGUGUGGAUCGGUCUCUCUGACUUGGAGCGUGAUGGCAAGUGGAAGUGGGUGAAUGGGAACGAACUGGACUUUGAAGGAUUUUGGCAAAAUGGGGAACCGAAUGAUGAUCGCAAUGCAGAGGACUGCGUGGAGCAUUCUCAUUCAGGACGGGGAUGGAAUGACAUGCCCUGUCGUGAGAAACUUUCUUGGAUUUGUGAGGAUUAACAUGUUGUGUGUGUGUGUGUGUGUGUGUGUGUGUGUGUGUGUGUGUGUGUGUGUGUGUGUGUGUGUGUGUGUGUGUGUGUGAGUGUGUGUGUGAAUGCAUGCAUGCGUUUGUGCAUGAGUGUAACAGAAAAUCAUGAAAACAGAAAUCAUCCAUGAUCAAAAAAUGACCUUCAUAAUUAUGUGUACAAGCAAUGUUUUCAGUUAAACAUUAUUUCAACAUUCAUUUAUUCUCACACUGUCAUAUGAGUUUCCAACAUUAACCACUGUGCUAAUAAAGAAAAAGAAAAUUGAAA